AUGGAAUAAUUAUAAUAGGAAACUCAUCUGUAAAUAGAAGGGCCAGGACUAAUUAGAAACUAAUCACCUCUCUAGAAUCAUAACCUAACUUUCCUAAAUUAAUCUGGUGACUAUAAAGUUUAGUAAAAUAUUGCAGGCGCACAAAUUAGGCAGAAUUAAUCGAUAGAGAGGCUUCCAUCUUAUACUGUCAAAUAUUUAGGAGUUGUUGAAGGAUGUAUGGGUAUUCUUUCAAGAAAAAUGGCAUUGCCAAACUAUCCGUUUAGGACUCCUUCUAAAUUAUAUAUGGAUUUAUAGCAUAUCAAGAGCAUUGAGAAGAGGUUUCAAAGAAGGUCCCCUAAAUUACUGAGUCCAAUCAUGACUAAGAAUACUUAGCAAAAGUAAAAAGCAACCCAAAUUAUCAAUCAGAUUGUUCCUAAUAGUCGUGGUAGCAGUGGGUUGAAUAGCUAUAUGGAGAAUGAUGAAACUGAAGCGGAUAAAUCUCAAUUUGAAAAAACUUAAGUACUAAAUUAAAAUAACCAUAAAAUGCAAGUGAAAUUGCUAAGCUAAUCUUAACUUUCAGGUGAUGGUUAAGACCACCAAACAGGUAUAGAAGAAAGAACAAUGUAUUACUUGAAUAGCAAGUAUCCUGUUGAAGGUAAAAAAUUUAGUUUAGUAAAUAGGUAUGAUGCACCAAGCCCCUCAUCAAAUGGUACUUCUCGAGAUAAUAUGAGCAAAUAUGCACCAUUUAGAUAGAUUAAAAAGUCUAUUCCUAAAAAUCAUAGAUAUCAUGGUAAAAACGCAUCUCAAUCAAAUCCAUCUACAAAUAACCAUCCUAACUUUUCUCCAAAUCCCUCUGAAGUUAAUAUACCAACCACUCCUCGGAUAAUAACUCCUGAGAUUCCUUAGUAUCAUCCGCCUAUAAUAGCCUAACCUAAUAAUAUAAGUUUCAAUGUUAAUAUUACUAACGUUUCUUCUCCAUAAAAUCAAUCAGACUAGGACAAUCCAUUCUUGUCAGGUUAUGCUGAACCAGAAAAGUUUGAUAGGUACUAUAUAACACAUUACUCUCUGCCAAGAGGACUUAAUACUUUUAAGAAUAUCCACAAAAAGAAUGAAUUAUAUCUUCAAAAGUAUUCUGAUAUUAAGCUAUCUCCUAAGAAUACCAUAAUGGUAACAGAGAGCAAUACUUCAGGAUUCACAGAUGUUUAGCAGAGAAGAGGCUUUUUGGGAAAUAAAAUCAAGAAGCUCUACAAGCACAAAACUCCUUGUAGCUUUAACGAAGAACAGUAUUAAUUGGAGUAAGACUACUUAAUGUCAAUGCACUAUAAGAUGUAAUAAUCAGAGUAACUUAAGCAAUAUCUUGAAGGCCAAAAAGGUAGUGCUCAGCCUAAAAGUAGAUAAGAUUAACAAGUUUUAGAUAGUCAUACAAAAAGGAUUGAUAAAUUAAAUCUAUAGAUUGAGAAUUUGAGAUCCUAUUCAAUGCCUGUGUCUCCUUCUGCACUUAAAGUUUUGAAAGGCAAGGUCAGGAGGACUUAUCAAUAGAGAAUGCUGCUGCGAGAUGACCCAAUGUCCUUAGAAAAUCUCGAAAAUUUCAUGCUUAAUAAAACCACUUAGCCAAACUUUAAUGAAAAUUAAAAUCUUUAAUCAUAUAAAUGCCUUCACUAAAGAAGAGGAAGUUAAUAACCAAAUUGUUGUAUGGUAGAUGAGAGCUCUAGAGUGUGGAGUAACGUCUUUAGACAAGAUGAUGUAGUGCCUAAUCAUGGCUUUUCAUCAACAUAAAUUGUCUAGCCUCAUGAUUUCAACAGAUAUCCCUCUGAGCAAAACAAUAAUAACCAUAUUAAUGAGCAUUAAUAUUAGCAUCAUGAAAGACCAUUAUAUGAUAAAAAUUAGAUAAAUGUUCAAAUCAAAGGAGGUGGCCAUGUUUUUGGAAUUCCUCUACAGUAAGUAUGGCCAUUCAACCAAAAAGCUAAGUUUGCUGAUAAUGAUCAUGGUGAAGAUCUUAAAAGUUUCGCCUCGGAAUAUUCAGGAGCAAAAUUAAGCUUUAAUACCUAGACGUUUAUGGUAAAUCAACUUUAAAAGCAGCCUCAUACACCUCCUAUGAAUUUGGACAUUCAGAUGAUUAUUGGAUUAGUGGUGCAACCAUUCAGCUUUGGCAAGACCAGUAAUUUGAAUAUUUAGCUUAACUUGUAUCUAUUUUAAAAUAUAAUUAAGAUAAUAGUUUAAUCAACUAAAUCAAACUUAACUUUGCAAAACUUAUCGCACCACACAAAAGCCAUUUAAAUCAUGAAACAAACUAAUUUAUCUAGCAUUUUCCCACAAACUAAGCAUCUUCCAAAUGCCAAUCAGGCUGGUCUUGACCCAAACUUCGACUAAUUUGAUAUUCAGAGCCUCAAAACUAAUGCUUAAAGUCAUACUCUCAUUAAAAAGCAACUUAAUGCGACAACAAACAUCACUCCUACUCUUUAGAAAGCAUCACAAAUCAACAAUUCUAUUACAAAAAGCAAGAAAUCUGCAAAGAAAAAUUCUUAGGCUAAGAAUAGAGAAACUAGUGGCAAAAGAGAGCAGAUUAAUAUCAAGAAUCUCGCUUAAUAAGUCAGUUUAAGUCAAAUGCCUACUCAAGCAUCUACUCUAUUAGCGACUAAGAAGAGAGUCUAGGCUCCUGCUAUCUCAGAAAACCAGGAAUAUGAUAUGAUUUAGCUUAAAGAACUAAAUAAUAGGUCAGACAGAUCAAAAUAGAGAAAUGUGUAAAGAAUUGAUAAAACUCAAACACCAGAUCAUGCUAUGAAUGAGAUUGAUUCUAAAAAGAGAAAAUAUAAUGAUUCUAAAAAAAGAAAAAUUAGUAAAAACAAUUAAUCUCAAACUAUCAAGGUAUCUCCAGUUAAGGAUAGUAUAGAAUAGAGAUAUCAAUAGCCAAGCAAACCUUAAGAGAUACAAUCAACUAUAAAAUCUGAUAUUCAGCAAAUUUUGAGCAUUGAGACUUAAAAUCUUUUGAAAAAAUCUAUGCAAAGCUAACAUCCAGCUUAAAGUGCAGGCUAGUUAAAGUAGUAAACUCCUAAAAAGCAUAAAAAGUCUGUAAUAAAGACUCUAAACGACUAAGAUCUCAAUAUUGAAGAGAUGAAGUUAUAGGAUUCUCCACCUUAAGAAAGGACUUUAUCAGCAGAAACUCUCAGUAUAAUAAAUCAGAUCAGAGCUGAAAACAACAUCAGUGUUAAACCUAAAAUACAGGUAAAAAAGUCUCUUGAACAAAUCUAAAGAGAAGAACUUUCAAUGAAACUUAAGCAUAGCUAAUUGAUAUCUGUGAAGAGAGAACUUGUACUGCCCGUCCAUUACAAAUCUCUCUUAGAUUUACAAGGAUAUCUCGAUAUUUCUCUAAAUUUCCUAAAGAGAUGUAGAAAUUAAGGUGGCCAUUUCCAAGAGCUGAAGAAAUCGAUAGAGCAAACUUAUGGAAGAAAAUUUGAUGUAGUUCACUUUAGAUAAAUUCUAUACAUUUGUCCUGACUACUAUACUUACAAAUGGGAAAAUAUAUCAAAUCAAGCUCAGGCUCAACUAUUCAUUGACUUUAAUGAUCAUCAACAAUAAAUCGGACAGAAUCAGCUUGAAGAAAGAUAAAAUAAUUUCAAGUAAAAAUUGUAUGAAGUAUGCAAAAGAUAUUAUGAUGACUUCAUCAAUAAUCUAAAGAUACAUUCAACUGAUGAAUAUUAGUUUUUAAUGGAUUUUGAUCCACUAUAUAACCAAAUGUGGCCUCAUUAAUUUGAUCCACAUUCAGUAGAAACUAUUCCAAUGGCUGAUCUUAAAUAGGACAACAAAGCCCUUUAAAAGAGAAGUGAAAGUGUCAAAGACUUCUUAAAUAAAUCAAAUAUCUAGCAAAGUUUGAUUCAAUAAGCUCUUGAAAGAUCAAUUAUUAUAAAUAAUCAAUAGAAUGCAGUAAUGGUGGAAUAAUAAAAGCCAUCUGAAAGUGAAAUUGAGUUGAAGAAGUUGAGGGAUCUUAGUUAAAAUACAGGCAUAUCUGUUGAAACUUUACGCUUAGUAAAAGCUAAAGAAGGUGCAAUUAAGCAAGGCCAAAAUAUAUUGAAUAAGUCAAUUAUGCUUGAGGAAAAUUCCAAGAAAUAACAGUAAAUGUCGAAACUAGCUGAAUAGAUCAGAAUGCAUCUUAGCUUUAAAAACUCAAAUGCUAUUUAUAUGAAUGAAAUGACAAAGGUACUCAAUGAUUCGUAGAGAGGUGCUUUUAUAUCAUAAGACGAACUAUAAAACUUGAUAGAAGAGCUUUCAAGGUUGGUGCCAAGAUGGAUAACAAUAAAGGAGAUCAAAGGAAAGCUAAUUAAGACUGACAAGUCUAUCUCUGGUUAGCAAGUCCAGUAAUGGAUUUAAAAUCACUUCAAAGGCGAGUAUUUUUUGAUAAUAUUAUUAAUCAAAGUAAUGUCAAACAAAAGAGAUAAGAAACUCUAGCAAGAGGAAUAGCCUGAUUAAGAGUUGGAAGAAAUUUAGAACGAUACUCCUCAGGCAAAACCAAGAAAAAGAAGAAAGCCAGUCGAAGAGGAGGUGGAAACUCCAGCUCCUGCAACAAAGGGCCGCAAAGGUAUGGGGAUAAAUAUGCCAAUGGGAGGAGGAUAAAAGAGAGCUUAAGAUGAUGGAGAAGAUGACGAAGAUGAUGGAGAUAUUGAGAAUGGUGCUCCUAGAUAACCUAGGAGAAGAAGAAAGGCUAGAGGAAACUAGGAUCUGUGGUUAUUAUAUCUAUUAUUUAAAGCAGGAUCAUUUCUUUGUUACUUCUUUUUGCCGAUAGUGUUCCCAAAAGCUCUAUCUUACAUUGUAGUACUAAUGAUGACAGCUCUAGAUUUUUGGAUCGUUAAGAAUAUUGUAGGCAGAAAGCUAGUUAAGCUGAGAUGGUGGUAUAUCAUUGAUAACGAGGGAAAUGAAAGGUGGCACUAUGAGUCUAAAGAUGUCACUGUACUAUUCCAAGAUAAACUAGUUUUCUGGGGUUUCCUCGUUAUUCACCCUGUGCUUUGGGGACUAUUCUUUGUCAUGAAUGCUAUCACCCUUGCAAUUUUCGAGUCAUCAAUAACCAUAGUAUGUGGUUUAAUUGCAGCAGUAUAAUUCUACGGAUUUAGAUAAUGCUCUAAUGCUCACGCAAGAAAGUAAAAAAUUAUUCAAAGGAGAGCAGAGGGAAGGCUUCCGGGUCGCGGAGGAAGAGGAGGUCGUGGUAGAAGAGGAAGAGGCGGCCUUUAGGAGCCACUUAUGCAAAAUAAUAGAUAUUAGAGUUGA